CGCCCGCCAGCCUGCCCGCCAGUCCUCUCAGCGCGCGCUCGGCCGCCCGACGACGCGGGAGCCGCACGCGCCGGACGAAGAGGAAAAACAUGAAGAACGAAAUUGCUGUUGUUGUCUUCUUUUUCACAAGGCUAGUUCGAAAACAUGAUAAGUUGAAAAAAGAGGCCGUUGAGAGGUUUGCUGAGAAAUUGACUCUAAUACUUCAAGAAAAAUAUAAAAAUCACUGGUAUCCAGAAAAACCAUCAAAAGGACAGGCUUACAGAUGCAUUCGUGUCAAUAAGUUUCAGAGAGUUGAUCCUGAUGUCCUGAAAGCUUGUGAGAACAGCUGCAUCUUGUACAGUGACCUGGGCUUGCCAAAGGAGCUUACUCUCUGGGUAGACCCAUGUGAGGUGUGCUGUCGGUAUGGAGAGAAAAACAAUGCAUUCAUUGUUGCCAGCUUUGAAAAUGAGGAUGAGAACAAGGACGAGAUCUCCAAGAAAGUUACCAGAGCCCUUGAUAAAGUUACCUCUGAUUAUCAUUCAGGAUCUUCUUCCUCAGAUGAAGAAACAAGUAAGGAAGUGGAAGUGAAACCCAAUUCGGUGACUGCAACACCAAGCCCAGUGUACCAGAUUUCGGAACUGAUAUUCCCACCUCUUCCAGUGUGGCAUCCGUUGCCCAGAAAAAAGCCAGGAAUGUACAGAGGGAAUGGCCAUCAGAACCACUACCCUCCUCCUGUUCCAUUUGGUUAUCCAAAUCAGGGAAGGAAGAAUAAACCAUACCGUCCAAUUCCAGUCACAUGGGUACCUCCUCCUGGAAUGCAUUGUGACCGGAAUCACUGGAUUAAUCCUCACAUGUUAGCACCUCACUAGCUUCUUUUGAUUUUGUUGGUACCAUGUUGAGAGAAAGGUAGAAUAAACCUUACCACGCAUUGAAAGUUAAAAGUUCAUACUAAUGGCAGUGAAGUUAGAUGGACCAAACCAUCAAACUUAUUUUUAUAGAAGUUACUGAGAAUAAUCUUUCUUAAAAAUAUAUAUGCACUUUAGAUAUAUUGAUAUAGUUUGGGAAACUUUAUUAAAGUUAGUCAAGUGCCUGAGUUUUUAUUAUUGGACUUGAGUAUUUAUAUAUUGUGCAUCAACUCUUGAAUAUGAGAACACUGUAGGAGUGGAUGAUCUGUUGUAGCACCUUUGAGCAUUUACUUUAUGGAGCAUUUACUUUAUGGAGUGUAUGUAAAUUAUUUAUAUACAAGGAGAUCUAUUUUAUGUCGUUUAGAAAAAUUGCGUGAAAUCAUGUAGUUGCAAAUAAAAAGUAGUUUGAGGCAAA